UUAAAUAUUUCACUCAAAAGUUUGACAUGAAAAAACCUACCCAGAAGCUUGCCUUGUUCCAGUAUAAAGUACCAGGGUUGAAGAACCCCCUGCAAUAUCAGUUUUAUUUUGGAGAGUCCUUUAAAUAUCAGAACCAGCUUGUAGAAUUGAUCAGAAAGCAUGGUGGUGCAGUCCUUACUGAUGAUUUAUUCGUGAACUGUCUGACGAUCCAGAUUACAUGUCAAGAUAGAAGAAGAGAAGAACUCAACUACCGCCAAGAACCUCUUUUUGAUGAAGAAUUUAAGAAACUUUUCAGUCUAAAGGACAAGGAGGAAGACAUUCAAUCAGAUAUUUGGCUCAUUAACCAAGCUAAGCACUCUGAUUCUUAUUAUGAACAGAAAUUCUAUAACGGUCCGCUUUACUCCAUCAAUUGGAUUUAAAGAGUCACUUUUGAGAGGGAAGAUACAGAACCAAGAGAAAUAUUUUGUCAAGCAGGUUUAUCAGUCUCUAAGAACAAAAAUCGAAGAAGAGAAUCUGACUAUUAAGAAUUUAGCUUCCUACUCUCCAAAUCAAGUGCUGUUUAUCUUCCAGUAUGUAUAUUGGAGAUCUAUGAAGUCUUUUGAUUUAGAACAGGACAGAGGAGUCUUGGAGAGUCAACAAAAGCCAUCCAUACUUCUUGCUACACUAUAUUCAGCACUUGGUAAUAAGAGUCUGAAAUCCAUCUAUUAUUUUCUGUUUAACAACAAGAUUGGGAAAAUUCCUUUUGAAGAAGCCCUGACAAGUUAUAUGAAAAGGCGAAAUUGGACUUAUUUAAAGCAGGAUGAAUUUACCCAUAACAUUACUGUUUGAAAAACAAGAGAAAUGUUACUGAAGGAAAAUCCAAAGACUCAACUACAAAAAUUUAAGACUAGCCUCAAGAAGAGAGGAAAGAGGAAGGAAAAAGACAUGCUCCCUUACAUCUCCUCUCCCAACCCCUCAUCCAAAAAGCCCAAACUCUGCUCUCUCCUCACUCCCUCUUCCACUUAAAAAUCUCUUCCAAAAACCCUGAUUUUCCAAAUCUCUACUGAAAUUU